AUGUUGGCCUGCCUUAGAAAUGUUGUCAUUUUGACAAUUUGUGUUGCAGUCUUUGUCUACUUGGUUAAUAUUUGGCUUGCCAAUAAGAAAUAUAUUUUUUCUGAAGAAGCCAUCAUAAAAAUUGGAAAAAAAUAUCAAGAGCCAACAGUGGACAUGAAGAAAGUAAUAGAAUCUAUCCACAAGGAUUUCAAAGCCAUGUACCCGGACCAUAUCUUACCAAAGGAUGAUGUUCAAUUUGUCUUCUUCAAUGCUGGGGGCUGGCUUGGAGCAAUAUACAUGAUGCAUGCCUCCCUCACUGAAUUUGUCUUAGUGUAUGGAACUACAAUGGAUACAUCUGGUCAUUCAGGUAGGUACUGGGUCAACCGAACGGACAUCAUCCUGUCAGGUGAGAUGUUGGAAUGGAAGGAAGGGGAAGUAAAGUCAAAGGUCCACAAGCCAGGAUCGGUGGUGAAAUAUGCAUGGGGAGAAGCAAGUGCAGUGACAUACAAGGCCAACAUGUGGAAACUGUCAUAUGGUAGAGGAUUCAUUCCCAGUGCCCUUCCUUAUGUUACUUCAAGUUACAUCUUUGGUAACCAUGACUAUCUGUCACUCUAUAACAUGUUUAAAAUUCACGUCAAGUCAUUUUGGCAGGAAUUUGUAUACUGUAUCACUCACAUCAAUGAAUUAUUUUGA